AUGCCUGUCGUGAAAGGCGGUGUCUGGACAAAUAUUGAAGAUGAGGUCCUCAAGGCUUCUGUCUCGAAAUAUGGACUCAACCAGUGGGCCCGUGUCUCCUCUCUCCUCGCGCGCAAAACACCCAAGCAGUGCAAGGCAAGAUGGGUCGAAUGGCUGGAUCCCAGCAUCCGGAAAAUUGAGUGGUCGAAGGAGGAGGACGAAAAGCUGCUACACCUGGCAAAAUUGAUGCCAACACAAUGGCGGACUAUUGCGCCUAUGGUUGGCAGGACAGCUACACAGUGUCUAGAAAGAUAUCAGAAACUACUGGAUGAGGCUGAGGCCAGAGAGAACGAUGAGUUGGGGUUGGGUGGGCCGGCUGGUGGUGAGAACGAAGCGCCGAGUGCGGACGAUGUUCGACGAUUACGACCUGGAGAACUGGACCCAGACCCAGAAUCUAAGCCAGCACGCCCUGACACCAUCGAUCUUGAUGAGGAUGAAAAGGAGAUGCUCAGUGAAGCACGUGCAAGACUGGCAAAUACACAAGGAAAGAAGGCGAAACGGAAAGCGCGUGAACGCCAGCUGGAGGAGUCUCGGCGACUGGCAUUGCUACAAAAGCGUCGAGAGCUUAAAAAUGCAGGUAUCAAUAUUAAGAUUACCAAUCGGAAAAAGGGCCAAAUGGACUAUAACGCCGAUAUUCCAUUCGAAAAGAAAGCUGCACCAGGUUUCUAUGAUACCCAAGAGGAGAAAGACCAUAACGAAAGGCAGAGAGAAGCUUUCGAUCCCCGAAAACAACAGCUAGCUAACAAGCGGAAGGGUGAUCAGGAAGAUGAUAUGCAGAGGAAGAAACAAAAAAGCGAUAAGCCAGGUCCUUCAGCAGCAUUUGCCGCAGCAGCGAAAGCGGGGCAAAUGCAGAAAAUUCGAGAAGCCGAGCAAAGCAGCAAGAGGAGGUCCUUGAAUCUACCAGCGCCGCAAGUGGGCGAAGUAGAGCUCGAAGACAUCGUGAAGAUGGGAAUGGUUGGGGAACAAGCCCAUCGGUUAGCUGGAGAAGGCGAUAAUGAGGCUACAAAAGGAUUCAUCGGCAACUAUACGGGCAUUGUAGGAGGAACGCCGAUUCGAACACCAAGAGCUCCGCCGCAAGAGGACCAUAUAGCAAACGAGAUCCGCAACAUUCGUGCCUUGACUGAAACGCAAUCAUCGCUAUUGGGUGGGGAGAACACGCCUUUGCAUGAGGGCAGUGGGUCUACUGGAUUUGAUGGUGUCACUCCACGGAAGCACGUUGUAGCUACCCCGAAUCCUAUGGCAACGCCAAUGCGUCAAGGUGGUGCAAACGGAGUCGGAGCAACGCCGAUGCGGACACCAGGAGGCCCGGGAGCCACGCCUUUGCGAACUCCCCGAGACAACUUUGCCAUAAACCAAGAUGACCCUGGGGCAAUGCAGCUAGUUGGCAACACACCACGGGAAGUCAAGCUUCGAGAGCAGGCUUUGAGAUCACAACUCAAGUCGCAGUUCGCGGCAUUGCCCAAGCCAAAAGAGUUAGACUUUGAGCUCGAACUGCCUGAGGAGCAGCAAGAAUUCGACGGCGAGAUGGAACUCUCCGAAGAGGAUGCCGCAGAAAGGGAUCGACGGAACCAAGCUAUCCGUGAAGCAGCUGAGAGGGCAGACUUCAAACGCCGGACUCAGGUAAUGCAACAGAAUUUACCACGGCCCACAGUCGUCGAUGUCGAUGCCCUUCUCAAGGCCGCCAUGGAAGUCUCUGAUCCAGUCCACGCAAUGAUCGCAGAAGAGAGUGCGCUUUUGAUUGCUAACGAUGCAUACAAAUAUUCAUUAUCCGCUUCGAAAGUACAGGGAGCAUCGAGACCCCUAGAGGUUUUCGAUGAUGAUGCAUUGGACAGGGCGAGGUUAGAAAUAGCACUUGAACUGCCAUCAGGCGAUAAAGAGAGACGCCAGCAGGAUUUUGAAGCAUCGUGGGAGAAGCUGCAUGAGGCUACCUCAAAUCUACUCGGACUGGCUGGUUAUGAAGAGGAUGAGGUCGACGAGCGACAAAUCUUGACCGAUGCUUUCGAUCAGGUUCAAGCAACCAUUGGGGAUGAUGCAGAAAAGGGUAAUAGGUUGGAGAAGAAACUUGCUCUCCACUACGGAGGCUACCAGCAGCGAGCUAAGACUCUACGGCAGAAGAUCGUGGAGGCUUCUGGGGCAUUGCAGGAUGAGAGAGUCCAAUUAGACUCGUUGCGGACGUUGCAGAUUGCGGAGGAAGCCGCGCUGCCUAGGAGGUUAGAGUCUUUGCAAGACGAAGUGGCUUUUGUAAAAAAGAGGGAAAAGGAGGCGCAGGAUACGUACAGAACGAAGAUGGAAGAGCUGGACGGAUUGACAAAUGGGGAUGGCCAUGUCAAUGGGGAUCACUGA